AUGGAAAUUCGUAUCUAUUUUGCAUUGCUUGUGGGCAUCUGUCUCGGGGUGUCCCAAGCCGAGGAGCAGUCGAUUCAUAAGGAAAUCGCAGACCUGAGCCAUAUUUGUGACGGACGUGCGGACGGUCAUUUGGUGCCCCAUCCGCUGGAUUGCAAUGCGUACUUUGCCUGCAACACGGUUACUACGCUCUUCUACUGCGAUCAGGGCCUUCACUUCGAUGCGAUUGAAUCGGUGUGCGAUGUGCCCGAAAAGGUGAACUGCACUCAGGUGGAUGGCAUUGCCACAGUCACUACCUCCACGCCCGGUGGACUUUCGAAUGUCGAUUACAAUUGGUGGCUGGGCAGGCCACAGCCGGUCUUUGUGGCCGUCGAUGUGCAAACUGGCCUGGCCGUGAGUCCCAUGGAGCGUUACGACCCGGACCAUAUUGAAUGCCGACACUUUGGCGCCUACUUUCUGCCCCAUCCCACCAAUUGCCAGCUGUACUUCAUUUGCGCCUACGGCCAUCUGCAUCGGCAUCAGUGUGGUCGUGGCACGCACUGGAACUACAGGAGCUCCGAGUGCCAGCUGAGCAGCAGCGCUGAGUGCUAUAGCAAGAGCCGUGAUCCAACUCAGGCUUCGCCUAAAGAGCCAAUCUCUAAGCCUGGCCAAGUCACCGUCUGCUAUAUUGUUAACACCAGCAACAGUAGUAGCAACAGCAGCAGCAGUAGCAGCAGCAGUAGCAGCAGCAGCACUUUGCCCAGCUUGCCCAGUUUGCCCAGUGAACGGGAACCAACCACAAACGGCAUGACACCAACACCACCGAGUGUGGCACACAGUGCCUUGAAGUGCCCUUCGGAGCGUCAGAGCUAUCUGCCACAUCCCGAUGACUGUGGCAAGUACUACAUUUGCAUUGCGGGCAUGCCUGUGCUCACCUCGUGCCCCAAGGGUCUCUACUGGGAUCAGAGGGCUGGCUAUUGUGACCAGGCCAAGAAUGUCAAGUGCUUUCAAAACUAG